UGGGCUCGAAAAAUGGGACUGAAGCGAAUUGGUGAAGUGCAAAUGCUGCGGCCAUUCGAAGAUGAUCCAAUAUAUGCUCCGACUUCCGUCGAUACUGAGGACGAAUUUGAGGACUGGGUUGAGAAACACAAAGAGCCAGUGAUGCAAAAACUCACUCUGCAAAAUUAUUUUAACGUCUGGGUAACAUUUUAA